GACCAAACUAUUAGUAUCGGUAUGAGCUGAACUUGAGAUCUGUGCGGUGGUCAGCAAACAUUUUUCUUCUCUCGCACAACAAAAGACGAACAAAGAAUUCAACAUUCAGUUGUGCUAUUUCUUUUUAUGAUCAUAUCGCUUGGGUAAGGGCUCACAAAUGUUGUUUCGGGUGGAAAGACCUUUUGACACAAAUCAAUGAUUACCCUGAAAUCUGUUUAGGAAGAGUAUAUUUUCAGUUUUGAAAAAUAAAUGGAGAGGAAAAGAUCUGCGGAAGGGGAAGACCAAGAAGGCUGUGGAUUAAGGAAAAGAUGGAAGGCUGAAUAUAAUGAACCUUCUGAUGAUGAAGACGAGAAGGAGGAGGAGGAUCAAAAAACUUGGAGGACAGAAGGAAAACAGCUUUUGCCUGUAAUCUGUGGAACCACAGAGGGCAUCCUUGAUUGUGAGAAGCUGGAACAAGGUAAGGCGUGUAUUGUGUAUGAAGGCAAAUGGUGUAAGCCCUCUAGGUUUGAGAAACUUGCAGGGAAAAGAUUGUGUAAAAAAUGGAAAGCAACUAUUUUCUAUGAUGAUCAACCUCUGGAGUAUUGGAUUAAGAAACGUUACCUAAAAACUAAGGGAUACAGAAAAGGAAGAUCCAAGACUAGAACGGAAAUACAAUCAUCCAACUCUGAAGAAACUGAAGAUGAUAAUGCUGAAGAGAGGACAACAAAACAUACAAUUUCAACAGCAAUGAAACAUCUAUUCAGGGGGAAAGAACUAAGAAUUAUUCUCAAGAGAUGUUUUGAUGGAAGACAGGGAACAGGUGCUUGUCACUCCAAGUGGAUGGAUCUUCCAGAAGAGUGCAGCAGCUCAGCAAAAGUUAACACAGCCACUGCAGCAAUGACGCUCAUUGCUCCCUCACACAUACAUGACCUAUCCAUCAAUGGGAGUGAUGGGAAGGCAGUGAAGACCAGUUACCACAAAGCAGUGAAAGAAAAGAACAGGAAGCUUCCACAUCUUUGGGAAUAG